UGCAUCACGCCGCCCCAUAACGGCAUUUCCCACUGCUCUCCCCCCAGGUCUGCCCUUCUCCUACGAUGGACAGGCUGCUCGUCUGCCUGCUGGUUGUCAGCGCGGCGGUGAAGGCCAUGCUGUGCCCCAAGCGCUGCAUGUGUCAGAACCUCUCCCCGUCCUUCACCAUCCUCUGCACCAAAACGGGGCUCCUCUUCGUGCCCCCCAGCAUCGACCGGAGGACGGCGGAGCUGCGGUUGAUGGACAAUUUCAUCACCACGCUGCGCCGGAAGGAUUUUGCCAACAUGACCAACCUCAUCCACCUGACCCUGUCGAGGAACACCAUCAGUCAGAUCAUGCCUUACGCCUUCUUCGAUCUUAAGGGCCUCCACGCGUUGCACCUGGACAGCAACCGGCUGACGUACAUCAACGAGGACCAUUUUAAAGGGUUAAUUAACCUCCGCCAUUUGAUCCUGAGCAACAACCAGCUGAGCUACAUCUCCCCGGGAUCGCUGGAUGAUUUUAUCGAGACCAUCGAGGAUCUGGAUCUGUCCUACAACAAUCUGGUCAACGUUCCUUGGGAAACGGUCGCCAAGCUCUCCAACGUCAACACGGUCAGCUUGGACCACAACCUCAUCGAGUUCGUCCCCGAGGGGAUCUUCUCCAACCUGCACAAGUUGGCCCGCUUGGACAUGACCUCCAACAAGCUGAAGAAGAUCCCUCCGGAUCCGCUCUUCUCCAGGAUUCCCGUCUACGCCAAAUCCAAAGGGUCUCCGCUGACGUCGCUGGUGCUGAGUUUUGGGGGGAACCCUCUGCACUGUAACUGCGAGUUGGUCUGGUUGAGGCGCCUCACCAGGGAGGACGAUUUGGAGACCUGCGCUUCGCCGCCGGAGUUGAUGGGGAAAUACUUCUGGUCCAUCAAAGAGGAGGAAUUUGUGUGCGAGCCCCCCAUGAUCACGCACCGCACCCCGAAGGUGGCUGUGAGCGAGGGGCAGAGCGUCUCCUUGAAGUGCAAAGCCGUCGGUGACCCCGACCCCUACGUCCGAUGGAUCGCACCCGACGGGAAGCUGGUCUCCAACACCUCCAGGACGACGUCGUACGAAAACGGGACGUUGGAUCUCGUGGGGACUUCUUUGGGCGAUAAGGGAACGUUCACCUGCAUCGCGUCCAACGCGGCCGGGGAAUCGACGGCGCCGGUGGAGUUGGUGGUGACGCCGUACCCCAACUUGGCCAACAGCACCAACUGUGAGAAGGAGGCUGAGAACGGCCCGUCCGACAUCCUCAUCUCGGCCAAAUCGAGCUUCCCCAACGAGACGAAAGGGCCCCAGGAGAAGGCGGUGGUGGUGGGGGAGCUGACGUCGUCCUCCGCGCUCAUCCAGUGGCCGUCCCAGCAGCACCUCCCCGGGAUCCGCAUGUUCCAGAUUCAGUACAACAGCUCCUCCGAUGAGAUCCUCGUCUACAGGUAACCCCCAUCCGCGGCUGUGCAAGGGAGGGGA